AUGGUAAUACAAAAAGUAGAACAUAUACACAAAUCACAAGACGACAUAGAAACAUUCCUGGAGAUUGCAUGUAAUCUAGAUAAAAAAUUGAAGUCAAUUGAGCAAUCAACUUGUCCAAAAUCAUUUCAUACAAAUAUACAACAGUAUAUUCCUAGAUAUAAAAUCGAAACCAAUUCUAAAGCAAUUGAAAGGGAAAUUCGAGUUGAAAUAAAAGCAAAAUAUGAGCUAGACAUGUUAGAAAUUACCAGUAUUACAAGUGACAAGGACGGCAGAAUUUGGAUCACAGAUGGAAGAAAACAAAUACGUCAACUACUGGUAAAAGAUGAAAUUGAAACCAUAAAAUCAGUAGAAACACCUCAUGACAUUGAUGAAAUUAGAUGUUUGAAUAAAGAUGUUCUCUUCACAUCUUCUAGUAUUCCACAAAUCCGUUUUUUGGCAGCAGAUGAUGAAUUAAAAGUUUUCACAGAUCUUUCUCCCAAUAAACCUUAUACAUUCCAUGUUUCAGACAAUGAAAUUAUUGUUGGAUUGAAUUGUAGCAGUGUGAGAGACAAAAUAGACAUUCCCGUCAUCAUGAGAUUGGGAUUUAACGGGAAAAUCAUACAAAUCUACAAAAAUCACGGGAGACAACUGCUUACAGGAGAUGUUGUACGAUCCUGUUCAACAACCAGUGAUGGUGCUAUCUGUUACAUAGAUAGUAUUAAGAUUGAUGGCUACACAGGAGAUGUAUUAUUCAUCAGUCGAGAUGGAAUCAUUCAAUGGAAAUAUAGUGGAAACUACUUUAUUAAUUCAAAUGAACAUCCUUUUACUCCUAUUGAAGUCCUGAGUACAGGGGCCUCUAAUUUCAUAGUUUCUGACACAAAGCAACAUGCGCUUCAUAUUCUCACAGCAAAGGAGGAAUUAGUGACAAUAAUAGACUUAACAUUAAUGGGAUUAGAAGAGCCAAGGGUUAUGACAACUGAUGUCAGCGGGACUUUAUGGAUAGAGAGCAAAAAACUAAACAAAGAAAUACUCAGUCGUGUGAAAUUCUCUGGGUUCUAA